AUGUUCAAAUUACUCAAUUGUCUCAAAUAUCUAUCUCUUAAGACAGCAACUAUACUUUUGCAAUUACUUAUCAUGAGCAUAGUAAUUGGACUUUGUGCAAUUGUUCUUCUUGUUAAUCGUUUUAUGAUGGAUGCUCUUAUUUCAGAAUUUUCAGAUAAAUUGUUGUUUAAAUAAAAUUUUUAAUAAUAUGAACUUUAAACUGAAAUGCUUAAAUAAUAACUUAAUUUGCCAAUGUAUAAAAGAUUUUAAAUGAUGAAUAGCUUUAAUAUUUUAUACAAAGAUUUUAUUCCUUAAAUAUAAAUCUAGAGUAUUAAUUAUCCUUUAGAAUGUCCAUCAUAUGAAGGUAAGUCCCAUGAAUAAUAUAAUAUAUUAUUUUCAUUGCCUGAAUUUUGCAUCUCUUUUAAAAAUAAAACUAAUUUUGUUGAAAAUGGAUAAUUAUACCAUUUUCUAAAUUUUCUUAAUUAGCUGAUAAUCCCUUUAACUUGGACUCCUUUCACAACACUUUAUAUGACAAACACAGAAGAAAAUUAUUAUUUUGCUUCUAAUCCACCUAUUUUUGAUUAUCCUUUCUACAAUCCUUAAAUUAGACCUUGGUAUAUUAAUCAUAUUGAAAAAUCUCAAAUUUCAAAUCGAUAAGCUUUUGUGUCAUAUAUAUAUUAAUCAUUUGGUUAUAAUGAAUUUAGUUUCACAAUUACUUACUCCUUAUUUGAAAAAGAAUCAUAAAACAAAAAUUAACUUAAAAAUAUUAAAGCUGUAAUGGGUUAUGAUAUGAGUUUUAAUGAAUAUGCUAAUUAACUUUAAUUCUAAUAAUUUGUCUUUCUAAUUACAAAUCCACUUGGUUAAAUAAUCUGUACAAAUUCUAUCGAAAAUGUAAGUCUUGAUUAAGGAAUAUAUUAUGUUUAUUAACAAAAUUUAACUGGUUUUACAGAAAAAGAUUGGUAGUAAAUAAAAUAUUCUGCUCUAUAUUAACCUUAUAUUAACAAUUGUACAUUAGAAAUUAAUCAUCUUUGUAGAUUUAAUGCAAAAUACUAAGAAGAUAUUAUUCUUCAUGUAUUAAAUUUAAAUUCGGAUUUUUUUUUAAUUAUGUACUUAUUUAUAUUUUACAAUAGUUUCUAAAACGUUACGAUGCAGAAAGAAAACAUAGGAAUGGCUGAAAAAACGAAAUUGGAUGUAAUUAAAACGUUUGCUCGGAACUUAUAUUAUUUAAUAGGAAUAUCAAUGAUACUUCUUAUCUCUAGUUGGAUAGGAAUGUACUUAUUUUUUCGACCAAUUUAGCAAAUGAAAUAAAAAAUGGAAAAAAUAAUUCUUAAAAAAUUUUCUAGUCCUAAUUGGAUGUAAAAGAUACAAAAUGAAUUUGAUGAAAAGAAUACUAAUUACCUAAAAGAAGCUUUAAAUAAUUUGAAGUCAGUAAUUACUAAUAUAAAAAGAAAAAAAUGUUUAAAUUGUUAUUUAAUAGAAAAUUUUAAAUAUCCUAGAAAUAUAAUGAUUAGUGAAUUUUACUAAAUUAAAAUUAAAUUAAAAGAAAUUUAAUAGGAUAUAAUUGAUGAAGAAUCAAUAAUACAAAAUAAUUAAAAUAUUGAUAAAGUUAACAAUUAAACGUAAAAUAUAAAAUCAGUUCCAGAAAUACAUUCAAAAAAAAUUUAUAUUUAAACAUUGAAUAGUGAAAUAGAUGAGAAUGUUUAAUUAAUAAAUAGUACUGAAGGGAGGAUAUUCUGA